AUGGAGGAGGCGGAGAAGCUUCUCUUGAAAGGAAAGAGGUUGCACUUGGUCCCUGAGCCGGACCCCGAGUCAGGAUGGAACCCUUCCGAAGAAGGCUGCCCUCAGGGCUGCAAGAACUUCCCGCUGCAGCCCGACAGAGCCGUGCACGUCCUGAGGAACCUCCCCCGGGGCUUGGCCCUUGGCCCCUCCCUCGCCGGAGAGCAGAGCUUGGGGGUCUGGUGUGUCGGGGAAGCUUUGCUGCCAGGCCUGCAUUGGGGGCCGCUGGAGGAAAACGCUGCCCCUGAGAAGAGCGAGCAGGUGGAAGCCCGGCAGGAGGAGGACCUGCCACUAGACUCCUGGCGAGACAUCUUUGCCUGUGAGCUGAGUUCAAGCUGGAGCAGUUUGGUGCAGCAGGGCAGACAGGAGAGUGAGGGAAACGUGGCCCCGGUGUGGAUCAACAAGAGGCUCCACCUGCAGGUGUAUCGGGCCGUGUUGCCAGGCUUCGAGCUACUGCUGUGGCCCCAGCCUGCCUCCAAGGACCUGAGGCCCGUGCAGCCCAACUCGGAGGAGGAGGAGGCAGCUGUGACUGUGGUGACGGAAGUGGAGUCUGCUGUGAGGCAGGAAGGGGACUCCCCAGGGGACGACACCACAGAACCUUGUGCAGAUCUUGGUCACCCCAGACUCCAGGUGAAGAGUCCAGUGAGCCCUGGCCUUCAGCCCGAAGCGCAGGACCCCUUUUCCAUGGGUAGCCCACCACUCAACCCCUUGCAUGAUAGCAGUGUGGACGAAGAGGACCCAGCCGAGAUACAGACGCCACCUGAGCCUCCUAGCAGCCCAGCUGUCCAGCAGGGCUCAGAGAGCAGCGAAAGCAGUCCUUACUCUUCUUCCAGGGACAGCCAGCUCGAUGGCCAUGUGACCAAGAAGUUCUGUAGCCCCAGGAAUCAGUGUCCGCUCAAGGCGCAGACCUCAGAGCCCCAGGACCAGCAGGCCGACAUACCUCUGCACCCUGACUUGCGCGCAACCUCUCAGAGCCCCCCUGUUCUGGCUGGCAGCUCCUCAAAGCAGGGACGGCGGUACCCUUGUGGGGAGUGUGGCAAGGCGUUUCUGCAGCUGUGCCAUCUCAAGAAGCACGCGUUUGUGCACAAAGGCCACAAGCCUUUCCUUUGCACCGAGUGUGGCAAGAGCUACAGCUCAGAGGAGAGCUUCAAGGCCCACAUGCUGGGCCACCGCGGCGUGCGGCCCUUCCCCUGCCCACAGUGUGACAAGGCCUAUGGCACCCGACGGGACCUCAAAGAGCACCAGGUGGUCCACUCUGGCGCCCGGCCCUUUGCCUGUGACCAGUGUGGCAAAGCCUUUGCCCGCCGGACCUCCCUGCGACUGCAUCGCAAGACCCACCAGAUGCCAGCUGCCCCUGCCCUGUGCCCCUGCCCUGUGUGCGGGCGGCUGCUGGCCAACCAGGGCUCCUUGCGGAACCACAUGCGGCUCCACACAGGGGAGAAGCCCUUCCUGUGUCCACACUGUGGCCGGGCCUUCCGCCAGCGGGGCAACCUGCGCGGACACUUGCGGCUGCAUACAGGGGAGCGCCCCUACCGCUGCCCACACUGCGCCGAAGCCUUCCCCCAGCUGCCGGAGCUGCGGCGGCACCUCAUCUCCCACACCGGGGAGGCCCACCUCUGCCCCGUGUGUGGGAAGGCCCUCCGAGACCCCCACACGCUGCGUGCCCACGAGCGCCUCCACUCGGGGGAACGGCCCUUCGUGUGUCCACAGUGUGACCGUGCUUACACCCUGGCCACCAAGCUGCGGGAACACCUCAAAUCACACCUGGCUGACAAGCCCUACCGCUGCCCCACCUGUGGCAUGGGCUACACCCUGCUGCAGAGCCUCAAGCGGCACCAGCUCAGUCAUGAGCCCAAGGGGCCCUCCGGGCCACCUUCGGGGCUGCCUGCUGCUCCUGAAGCCACCGUGGUGCUACUGAAGACUGAGUCCCGCCUGCUGGACACACCUGGCGAGCGGGCAGCCUCCCCAGCCAGAGACAUCAUUGAGGUCACCAUCUCUGAGAGCCAGGACAAGUGCCUUGUGCCAGAAGAGCCAGGCGCCCCCCACAGCCUGAUGGUCAUCCAUAAAGACAUGGGCUUCGGAGCCUGGGCGGAAGUGGUGGAGGUAGAGACGGGCACCUAA